UACACCUGGGUACUCGCAACUCAUUCGAGGAGAUGCACAAAACCUUCGGCUUACUCGACAGAGUUAACGUACUACACUGGGGUGCAUGCAGAUUAUGGCUAGUAGUGCAAUUGCACUUCGAACGGGCGUUAGAAAUUCGCCUCGCCAAUCACUUAACACAUCGAGGUGGUUAUCCACCGUGGUGUCCGAUGCCAACGUAUCACAAAGAAUUUAUGGUGUUGCCGAGUUUGUUGAGAAAGUGGUCGAUACCGUUCGAAAUAAUCGUGCAGAGACCAGGUGAUUUAGUUCAUUUACGCGAUUGGGUGCCGCAUCAAAUCAUCGAUUUGGGUACGAACAUCAGCGAGACUGUGAGUGUUGGCAGCGUCGAGUGGAACAUGUCGGCUGAUAAUUCGGCUUUCUUGAAUUGUCCUUGUGGCACGAAACCCAAUGUUGGCGAUAAUAAUUUCGGUGGGAAUACCACGAUCUACGGUAGGGUCGAACUUUUGAUACCGAGAUCAAAACCAAUGCCGUGUACCAAUGUCGAACGAGCUAUCGAAGCUGCCAAAAAUGAAUAUAAUAAUGGAGUUUUUACUCACAACAAGCAUUUAUCAACUAAUUAUAAUAUCGUGCCUGUACUGAAAGAAUACAGAAAACCAAAAAAUCCAAUUUACAGAACUAAAGGUGGUUGCAAAUGUUACAGUUGCGGCAAAAGAUCCGAUGAUUUGAAAGCACAUUUGAAUAGACAUAUACUAUGUCAAGCAAGAUUGAAUCUGUCGAGAGUUGAAGGAUCUGCUGUAGAAGAACCGAUAACUGAUGAAAGUGACGAAGAGCUACUGUAUAAUAAAGAUCUUAACGAUGACUCUGACGCAUUUAAAUUUCGUUGUGCUUAUUGCACUAAACCUUUCGACGAUCAAAUAGAGGUCAUUAAACACGUUGUACAAUCACAUAAGCAGAAGGCUCUGCAGAAAAAUGUCGAGGAACCUGGACCUAUUGUAAGAAAACGGAGGAAAAAGACAUGUGAUGCUUUAGGCAAAAUGGAAGAAAUUGUAGUAUACAACUUGAAAGAUUACAGAACAAUUACUUGACAAAUUUUUUAAAUAUUUC